CACCUCGUUCUAUGAUUUCUGAUGUCAUUUAAAGCCUAGGGGAGAAAUGAUCUCAGAUUUGCUGAAGGGUUUAAGCUAAACAUGAAGAUUACAAAUAAAGACUGAGCACCUCCUUCCGUGGGCGGGUGAGUUUCAGUCACCAAUAACAGCAGUAGGGAAGUGGGGAAAAAAAGUUUCUCUUUGACUAAUAGAAGUGAAUUGAGCAAUUAUCUAGUUUACCUUCUCCUCUUGGAAAGUAACGAUUGUCGAUAUAUUUGCUGCGUUAUUGACACAACACGUUUUAUUGUUUCAGUCUUAGAAAUAAGUAAGGAUUGUCCGGAGUCAACGCUUCGCCAAGUGACCUGAUGUGCUGACAUCCACCCAGGUUGCCACAAAUGAUGUGCUUUCUUGCAGGUCAGUGAAUUAAGAAGAGGCGUCUACAAAGGAGACACACCAACCAAGAAGUGGAUUUAAAGACAUGGACAGUGUUCUCCACAAUACGACACCGUCAAUCUUAGGUUCACCUUCAGCGCGAGAACAUUUAUCAGCUGGAUACAACAUGAUCAGCACUUCGAAACCUCUUGCUUUCUCUAUUGAAAGGAUUAUGGCAAGGACACCAGAACCGAAGUCGAUGCCACUUCCGAACUUAUUUCAAACACCCACGACCAAGACAGACCCAAAGCAAGCUCUUCAUGUGAACUCCACCACACUUCCUUGCAUGAUACCGUUUGUUCCAUUGGCAUAUGAAGCUGCGCACAGAUUUAGCAUCACUGGAUCAGAACCAACAAAGCACCAUUUAGAUACGUCUUCUUAUAAUUCCAACGAUUUGUUAAGUAUUGGCUUAAAUUAUAAAACUGAAUUGUCAAGUGUAACCCCCCCAAUUGGACAGUAUAAGCUUUUUAGACCACGGGUGGUAAACCAGUCUUCGUUUCAGACCAUGGGAACUUUGUGCUAUCUUAAUUGUGGAGACAGCCCAUGCCCCCCUCCUGCAAGUAUUCUUAACAUCCAUCCAGUGGCUUCCUAUCUCCUGAACUCCCCACUUAGCCCACAUCAGAAAACAUUUCUUUCGGAGAAAAGCAAACUUCUUGUUCCUUCAGUGGAACGACACCCGUCUGGGGUUGCCUUUAAAGACUUGUCUCAAUCCCAACUCCAGCACUAUAUGAAAGAGAGUGCACAGAUUCUGUCUGAAAAACUGUUUAAAAACGCCUCCAAACUUAGCAACGGAUCCCCAAAUAAUAAACCCAAGGUGUUUACUUGUGAAGUUUGUGGAAAGGUAUUUAAUGCACAUUACAAUUUAACCCGUCAUAUGCCAGUACACACCGGAGCCAGACCGUUUGUUUGUAAAGUCUGUGGGAAAGGCUUCCGACAGGCAAGCACUCUCUGUCGACACAAGAUCAUCCAUACACAGGAAAAACCCCACAAGUGUAACCAGUGUGGGAAAGCGUUUAACCGAAGCUCAACUCUGAACACUCACACAAGAAUCCAUGCGGGAUAUAAACCAUUUAUAUGUGAAUUCUGCGGCAAAGGAUUUCACCAAAAAGGCAACUACAAAAACCACAAACUGACACACAGCGGGGAAAAGCAGUUCAAGUGCAAUAUCUGUAACAAGGCUUUCCAUCAAGUUUACAACCUGACUUUCCAUAUGCACACCCACAACGACAAAAAACCCUUCACCUGUCCAACCUGUGGGAAAGGAUUCUGUCGGAACUUUGAUUUAAAGAAACACAUCAGGAAGCUGCAUGACAGCUGCCCUGUAGUUCAGUCCACUUAUACGGACAAUCUGAAUGGAGAACAGCACCAAAGUCAAUAAAAUAUCCACAGAUUCGCGGAAAAUAUCCUGUACGCUAUAGUGUGCACCUAGCCGAUUUCAAGAUUCACCUUUGCAUGCAACAUUUUGGUUUGUGUGAGCUAUGCUUUUUCUUCACUAAAGACUACUUGGUUAAAGAAAACAAACAAACAAGCAAAAACAAAACAAAACAAAAAACUUACGAACCCUUCACGAAAUAAUUUGAUUAUUUUUCCGUCUCAGGUUUAAGGAUGUAAAAAGCCUCGUCAUAUUUAUUUGAAUUUAUUUGUAUCUUUAUGGAACUAUUUAGGAAUAUUUUAAUGUAUAAAUAUAUUUACUGUUGUGGUGACACUGAUAUGUUAUAAAUGCUUGAUUGUUGUUUAUUUUUUGUUUAUAUUCAUUUUAUUUUUUUAUAAAUAUAUAUGCAAUGUAUCUGCGGGAAAAAAUGCGUAUCAGUCUAUUCUGACAAAAAAUGUUUUUGGUGAAAAUAAAACUUGGUAUUA